CGGCCUCUUGAGUGAGAUGGGCGCACAACCCCAGAGUCUGUCAAGACUGGCCCGUAGGGGCAGGGGUGCCUUUACCUUUACCUUUACUCCAUCCUAACAGCGAAGGCUGUAUAGAGUCCUCCUGCAACCGUGCUCUGGAAGUCAGCCUCCUUGAGCUCAGACAGAUAGACUUAAUUCCCGGGAAACUCAGGAAAAAGUGGACUUGGGAAUUGCAGUUGCUCUUUGGAGAAGAGCCUCUGCCCUCGACCGGGCGCGCUCAACCCGAGAGGCGCAUCAUCGUGCGUAAAGGAGCCCCGGCUGGGAAUCCCCUGCUCGCCCGGCCUACAAGGGGUGGUGCUCCCUUGGGGGACUCUCCCCGAGAGUUUCCUGCGCCCUCGCCCAUGUUCACAUUCGGUUUCUUUUUCCUGCAAGGCUGCUGAGUGUCUUGGGGUACCGCGUGGCUCCCGCGUGGCUCUUGCGCAUUUUCCAGCCCCGCGUCCGAAAGACCACUCUGAAGAAAGAUGCUGACUAUUGGGGACUUGCCUGAACAUGUCCUUCUGGAGGUGCUGGCCCGGGUACCAGCCAGGAACCUGCUUUGCAACUGCCGGCUGGUUUGCUCCCAGUGGCGACGCCUGGUGGACGACCCUGAGAUGUGGAAGAUUAAGUUCCAGCGAAAGAGUGGACCCGAGACCCAAGAGUCAAAGGCCUUCUUCAUUUACUCCCACAGGGAGAAGAACUUAAUCAAGAAUCCUUGCGGCAAAGAGGGCCUGGACUCCUGGGCAAUGAGGGUCCCUUCCGAGGGCCACUGGAAAACCGAGGAGCUGUCUGAGGAGGAUUUGGCUGCCCUCCCCGUGGAAAGUUUCCUCCAGAGGAAUUCCUACGCAAAAAAGAAAGACUCCUCCCCACAGUGGGUCAACCGAUGCUUUGCUGCGUGUGACGGGCUCUGCAGCAAGGCUCAGCUCAUCAUUCUGAAGGACGUUGGGUACUGGGACGAGCUGAUAGAUGAAGCCAGACCUAACAUCGCCGUGAAUGAAUGCUAUUAUUGUCCCCCCGGCAGCCGCUAUCAACUUAGCGUGAAGAUGUUGGACGCAGACUUUCAGCUCCUCCACAUCCUCCAUACGGAAGGGCGCGGUUCGGAAGCUCCACGCUGGCGUCGGAUUUCGCAAGGGAUUAUCGAAUGCCAAGCUGGACUCCGCUACAUCCUCUUUGAACACCUAGCUGUAAACGGGAGCGGCCAGCCGCCCGAGAACAGCGUAAGAGUCACCAGGAGCAGCGUCACUCUUGGGCCGUUUAAUUGGGACGAAGACUUCAUAGAGCCCUUUCCCGACUCAGAUGACGAAGGCGGCGCUAGUGGCAGCGGAUGCAACUGGUGAGGACCCUCCCCCUGUCUUCUUGCAACCAAUCAAGUGGAGGCUCUGCCUGUGAUUGGCUUCCCUCCAUCUGUCUUUUGCUGUGGCGCCACCUAGAGGUGGGCUCCCUACCUACUGCUCUACCAGUGCCAAUGGGCACUGCCAGCCCCCACUGACUCUUAAUUCUGUCCUGUACACUCUGCUGCAUUCCUCUGACAUCUGUUCUUAUGUCCGACAACAUUUGCAUCACCGACUCUUCAAAAUUUGGUGUUCUGUCUUUCAUUUUACUUUUCUCAGACUUGUCUACACUAUUAGCCAUAACUAUUCCAUAGUAUCAAGGUCAACUCACCCUGUCACAGUCAACAAGAUUUUUAGUGCACAGGCAGCAGCAGACAGCUCAGCAGCUCCCCCCUUUCAAAGUCUUCAUUUCUUUACUCUUCUUAUUCUUUUUAAAAACCAUCCAAAAUCCAUUUACACACUUAUAUCCAGUUCAAGGAGGGUAAACGAAACACUGUAUACUAUUUUAACAAGCUCAGAGGGCAGCAGUUACUUUGUAGUCCCCAAAGAGGAAAACGAAAGUUGAAUGUUUCCUCUCCCUUUGUGACGCAAUAAUGGAGUCUAGCCUUCCCCCACGGGAGGUCCGCUUCCAGAAAGAGUCUAUUCCCCUGUCAAAUUUAUCUCUUGCAAGGUCUCUCAAUUUAGUCAAAUUUCCCCCCCUUCCCUCUGCAGAAAGAGGGGUUUAGAAUGUUUCCUUGGAAGUUUUGACAAGUCUUUUAAAGUUACGGCUUCGGUCAGCAGUAACUUCUUUCACUUCUACUUCAGCGGAAAGGGAUCGACCUCCGUAAUUUAAAUCCCUUCCAAUCCAAUUGACAGUCCGAAUUUAAAACCUUUUUUUUACUAACGAUUGUCCAAUCUUUUAAAAUUUGGUUGGAGAAAUUGGUCGCUCAUGAUUGCCAGACUUCGGACCUUCGCUCGAUGAAGAAAGCGAAUAGAUUCCACAGUACCUGCGUCUCCAACCCCGCUUGCUCUUGGGGCUCUUAUUGGAGCUUACCAGGGAGCAGGGGAGUCACAAGGGGUACCCGCCGGAACACCAGGUCCUCAGAAUGCUCGAUCUGAGGUUUUUUCAGGGUUCCACAACGCUCUUGCUCUCAUCCACCAUUAAUCGCGCGGCCAACCGGAAGUCUUAACCUGCAGUUUCAUAAUAGUGCAGUGGUACCUCGGGUUACAUACGCUUCAGGUUACACACGCUUCAGGUUAC